AUGCCAGAGAGACUACCAACUAUGUACAGGACCCUGGGGGAGAACUAUAACGAGAGAGUGAUGCCUUCAAUCAUUCAUGAAACACUCAAAGCUGUGGUUGCCCAAUACAAUGCCAGUCAGCUAAUCACACAGAGAGAGGCUGUGAGCAGGGAGAUCAGGAAGAUUCUGACAGAGAGGGCGAAGAACUUCAACAUCGCUCUGGAUGAUGUGUCCAUUACCAGUCUCAGCUUUGGUAAGGAGUUCACUCAUGCCAUUGAAGCCAAACAGGUUGCUGCUCAGGAAGCUGAGCGUGCCAAGUUCAUUGUUGAGAAGGCUGAGCAAGACAAGAAAAGUGCAAUUAUCAGGCAGAUUGAAGCCGCCAGGGAGAUCGCCCACACCAUCGCAGCCUCCAACAACAAGGUGUUCCUCGACUCGGGCGACCUGCUGCUUGGGCUCCAGUCACUCAAGAUGUUGAACAACAACAACAAGAAAUGA